CAUGUUUCUAAGACAGCACCUGUCAUGUACAAAGCUAUGCUACCUGUCUCCAAUUAACCCAUUCUCUUCCAAGUGGGAGUAAAUGCUAUCCUGAAGAAUUAUCUCCAAUAGCUUCCCUUCCACUAACAUGAAACUCACCUGCCUAUAAUUCCUUGGAUUCUCUGUACUUCCUGUCUUAAACAUUGUUAUGUUAUUUUUGUUUUCUGCCUAAUCAUUCUUGAUUCAUAUUUCACUGAAUAAACCGUCCUAUUAUCAUGAUGAGGAAGCGAAGCUCAGGUGCAGGCAAAAGUUCAGGGUCAAGACACCUUUGUACUUUAUUGGCAUCAUCUCCACAAUGGGAUUGAAGCUACCAAUUCCUCUAAAUCUAUGAUAACAUCAGAGAAGGCCUGCCAUUUGCCUUUGAUAUACAAGAUGGGUUGAUAAAUGUUCAGCCAAUCUACCUGUUGAAAGUGGAGAUGAGCACAGCAUAAAGCCCUACUGUUGGCAUGCUCCUUCAAGCUUCCAAGCUCAAUACAAGCCCCACUGGAAAUAUGUGUAUAGUAAGCGGAAAACAGUACUAUAUCAUCAAGCCUUUCUUCUGGUGGAUUGGACAGGAUGUUGAAUUUUCAUUGAAUGGCAAGUUUCUCACUUGUGCAAAGCACCAAAGAAACCAUUGCAUUAGCAACAAACGUCUUAUAUUUCUAUUGGAACACAAAGUGCUGGGGUAAUUCAGUGGGUGAGGCACAUGAUACGUUGUUUGUCCUGCUGAGUUACUCCAGCAUUUUACAGAUCCUUGUGUCUCUCUUAUAUUUGUAAAGCAGUUUUAUUGCCCUUAUGGGUUUACAAGUAUUUAUUUUAUCAGAGGCUGUGUGGAGAUGAUUCGACACAAUGGGCCAUACUGUGGUGUGUUCAGGUUGAGGCUGCAUAUGGAUCUGGUGCCACAUAUCCAUAGUAUAUGUAUCUUACAUAUACAUCCAUAUGUAUCCACAUAUACAAUUUUCCAAUAGUAGUCUUUGCUUGUCUGAUUGUUCCAUGGUUUGAUGUAUGUUGGUCAGAAAACGUAUUUGUAUGCCAAUGAGAUUACUGAAUUUUUAAAAAAAGGAAAAAUUCAAAACAGAAAUAUUGUUAAAAUUGCAAUAAACUCACAAAAAUGAACUAUUUUAUUUCAAAAUCAAUUGUCACCCAAGGAUUAUCGGUCUGUAUAAUUAGAUCGGAUACAUCCCUUAUUAUUGUAGUGGGAUUUCUCUCAUUCGCUGGCGAGUGGCUGUUUACCAGUGACUUCUGCAAAAACUGGAUGUGUAUACAUACAUAAUGAAUUAAAACAGAUCUGGGCUACAAUAGCCUCCUAAUUAGCUCCCCAUGAUCAAGGAUGUGGCUCUGGAGAGUUGAAUUAAUUCCACCGACGCAGACAAUACCUUCAAUGCAACAUUUGGCUAAGAAUCAUGACAAUGGAGAGGGGGAAAAAAAGUCUUGACAGGUCCGCAUUGAAACAUAUCCUCACACCAGUUACAACACCUUACCAUGAAGUGAUGGCAUUUGCUUGCAGCACGGCUGCUUUCAAAGGCAGACAGGUUUGCAGGCAAGCUGCAGGCAACUGUUGGCUGGACAUGACCGUUUUCAUCAGGCGACGGGCGAGGAGCCAGACGGAAGCCCGGAGAAGGACCUGUUAAAGCAACGGGAGGGAGGCAGUUUGUCUUGCAACUUUGUCACCGAGGCUGGCGGAGUUUCGCCUUGUUCCCAUUUCCGCCCCUUUCCAGGAAACAGGACUGAUCAUUGCCCACCUCGAAUUGCCUCUUGGAGGGAGUGAGUGAGUGAGUUCAUAGCACAAGGUCAUGACUUGCUCUCCACCCUUUGUUUGUGAAUGAGCCUUUAUCUAUUGGCGACUUUAGUCUGAACGCCCCAUGAGCCUGCUUGGAAACUAUCGCAAGAAGACCAAUUAUGAUGGCUACGAAUCGUUGCAUUUGGUGGAUACCGGUUCCGGGGAUUUGGAGAGUCGGCCACCAGCCGGCGAUGCGGUGAUCCCAGCACCGGCCCCCGCCCCAGCCCCAGAGCCGGCAGCGGCAGCGGCAGCAACAGCAGCAAGCGGCUCAAUCCCGCAACCAGCCCGCUACAGCACCAUGGACAGGUCAGGUACCUCUGCUCCAGAUAUGGAACCCAUUUUUGGGGGAGGCCUGCUCGAUAUGGUGAAAGGUGGAGCUGGACGUCUCUUCAGCAAUUUAAAGGACAACCUGAAAGACACCUCUUCAAAGGUUAUGCAGUCUGUAGCCAGUUAUGCCAAGGGAGAACUUAAUAUUUCAUACAUCACAUCAAGGAUAAUAGUGAUAUCCUAUCCUGCUGAAGGAGUGGAGUUAAGUUUCAAGAAUCAAAUUGAUGAUGUGCGAUCAUUCUUGGAUUCAAGGCACCUGGAUCAUUAUACAAUUUUCAAUUUAUCUCAGAAAUCAUACAGAAGUGCCAAGUUUCACAAUAGAAUAUCUGAAUGCAGCUGGCCAGCUCGACAAGCCCCCAGUUUACACAACUUGUAUGCGGUGUGUAAGAAUAUACAUCACUGGCUGCAGCAAAACCCCAAGAAUGUCUGUGCUAUUCACUGUGUGGAUGGCUGUCCUGCCUCUGCCAUUUUAGUUUGCGGAAUGUUCUGUUUCUGCCAUCUGUUCUCUUGCCCAGUUCCAGCCAUUCAGUUACUGAAUACAAAACGACCAGAGCCUGUACUUUGGCCUUCACACAGGCGGUACAUUGGAUAUAUCUGUGAAAUGGUUUCUGAUAAACCUACGCUCCCACACUGCAAACCCCUCAUCAUUAAAACCGUCACCGUGAGCCCGGUCCCUUGCUUCAACAAGCAGAGAAAUGGCUGCCGACCUUUCUUUGAGGUUUUUAUUGGUGAAACAAAGAUUUUUUCAACUGCACAAGAAUAUGAUAAAAUGAGGGAACAUCGAAUCCAGGAGGGAAAAGUCUUUGCUUCUUUGGGGGUUAGUGCCCAUGGAGAUGUUGUUGUAGCUGCCUCUCAUAUGCGGUCAACAAUUGGCGGAAGACUUCAAGCAAAGCUAACAAACACCCAGAUAUUUCAAAUUCAAGUUCACACUGGAUUCAUUGCUCCUGGAACCACAAUAUUAAAGUUUGCAAAAUCCGAGUUGGAUGCAUGUGAUUCUCCAGAAAAAUAUCCCCCAUUGUUUCAUGUAAUAUUGGAGGUGGAGGUGGAAUCCACUGAUAAAAGAUUUGACUUGACCCCACCCUGGGAAGAAAGGAACACCAAAGAUCUUGUACCCAAUAUCCUCUUUUCAAGCCAUCAGGAACAUCAAGAAACCUUAGCAGCAGGUAAAUCUAUGGGGGAUUUGGAAACUGCAUCAGAUAAUGUAAAGAGCACGGGGCAAAAAACAAAAAGUGAUAAGAAUGGUGCUAAUCCACCGUCAGAAGACAGAACAGCUCUUGUGAAUGAAGACAGUGAGCCAUCUGAUGAUGAACUUCUGUCCCUCUCUAGCCAACACAGUACUGCUAGCAUGGAAAAACAGCAGAGGACACAGAAAUGUUGCCAAACACAGGCAUCUUCUCAGUCCACAGCUCCUGACAGUGUGGAUCUUUUGGGCUUGAAUGGAAAUGCUACAGGCCAGGCAUUACCGCCUGCCGCUCAAGCCAGAUCUAUAACAACUAACUCUGACUUGCUAAAUGACUUGUUUGGCAGCACCUCCUCUAUUCCAUCGGCACAUGGGAGCAGUGGUGCUCCAGGAUCAGCACAUUCUACCCCUCGAAGAUCUGCAGGCUCUCCCUCUCUAUCACCGUCACCAAGGAUUUGUGAAGGAACUGCAUUUGGUCCAUUUGAUUCUCAAGCCAACCAAAACAGUCAGGAUUUGCUUGGUGUUUUUCACAAUCGGAGUGGUGCAACUUCUCCUGUUGGACAGGGAGAGCCGGUCCACCAAACAGCCAGAACACCAUCCCCUACACCACUCAGUGCUCCUGCUGAUCCUUUCAACAUGGGUAGAGUCUCCCCUGGUCUUCCUUGUACCCCAGCUGUCCCUGUUCAGCAAGAUCUAAUGGGAGGAUGGAGCAUGGGAUCUGCAAAUGUACCUGCUGGUUCAGCAGCCUGGGCAAACAGAACAGCUUCCUCAGGAGGAGUCAUGGGUGUGAGCAGGUCAGCCAACACAAGUCCUACAAGCUCAAUACAUAGCACCCCUACGCGCCAGCCCAAGCCACAGACACUGGAUCCCUUUGCUGACCUGGGGACACUUGGUGCCAAUUUAGCAGGUGGUUCAUCAUUUUCAAGCAAACCCACCACACCUACUGGAACAUCAGCAGGAUCAUUUCAGCCAGUGGGUUCUCCACAGAAACAAUCCCCUCAACCAGCAGGAGGUGGCUCUUGGCAACAGAAUGCAGGAUUUGGUUGGCAACAAGGUUCAUCUGCCCGGCAACAGCCACAAACUAAACCGUCAAAGCCCCAGCAACCAGUGCCCCAGUCUUCUCCACAAAAUAGACCCAACUAUAACGUGAGCUUUGCUAGUGUGAUUGGUUCUCGAGAUGAACGUGGGGCACGAGGACCUCCUUUUGGAACUCGGCCAAAGGUUGCAGAUAGUAACUUUGAAGACCUGCUGUCAAGCCAAGGGUUUGCUUCCCAGAAGGACAAGAGGGGUCCUAAGACAAUAUCUGAAAUGAGAAAGGAAGAACUGGCUAAGGACAUGGAUCCAGAGAAAUUGAAGCUUCUGGAUUGGAUUGAAGGAAAAGAGAGAAAUAUUCGAGCAUUGUUGUCAACAAUGCAUACUAUAUUGUGGGAAGGAGAAACUAAAUGGAAGCCUAUUGGUAUGGCAGAUCUGGUAACUCCUGACCAAGUGAAAAAAGUCUAUCGGAAGGCAGUACUUGUAGUUCAUCCUGAUAAAGCCACUGGUCAGCCAUAUGAACAAUAUGCCAAGAUGAUAUUCAUAGAACUGAACGAUGCCUGGUCAGAAUUUGAAAGUCAAGGGCAAAAGCCUCUGUACUAAUUUAAUGCAAACAAUUUGCCUGUGUUUACUGUUGACUCUCUGUAACUGUGUGAAUGUGUAGUUCCAUUUUUUCUUUAAUGUUGACAUAUAAUGCCUUCCCUUGGUAACUAUACAGGCACUCGUUUAAUUGUCACACAACUCCUGUUUUAAUGAUGUCCUAUUACAUGGGAUUUUGUUAAAAGUAAAUGAUAACUGCGGGAAAAAAAACCUAAUACAAGACCUUUUUGGGGACAAAGGUAAGAAAUAACUCCUGUGAACUUUUUUUCUAUCUUUGUUUGCAAUGCAUUUUGUAACAUACUGCCUGAGUCUUAAUAUUUAGUCUUUAUUCUGAAAUGAGUUGGUUGCAUGUGAUUUGAAAUUUAUCACAUUACAAUUCUGCUUUCAUUUCACACCAUUUGAAAUUAGUGUAUUAGCAUAGUUGUUACUGUUACUAAUUGCUGGACAAUGUAACAUUACAGAGUCUGUGUAUAUGUGAAAAAAAACUGAACACCUUGUCUAGCUUGAACAAUGAGCUUUACGGUAUUAUCUGGAAUCAUCCUCUCAUGCAUUCAACUCCCGAUAGCACUGAUCAGUAUUUACUCGUGGGCAAUCUCAUAAGUGUCUUGCUUAACAGCCACUUGGGAUUGUUGCAAUAUGCUGCAUUGGGAAUUAAAAUGGAACUGUGCUUGUGGCUCUUGAAUACAAAGCUACAGUUUUUAAUACUGCUGUUGUGAGCCAUUUGCCAGGAUGAGAGUUUAGGCAACCUCACGACAACAAGAGGAAAAAUAUAGGACAAAUAGUUAUCCUUAAAGUGUACUUUACUGAAAUCUUGUCUUUGCAAAAUCUAAAAUAACCAAAAGCUAUCCUUGGCUCUCUUGCUGAAGCAAAGUUUUUUUUAAAAAGGGAGAUUAUUGAUAACUUGAAAGGACGACAUUCUGAACCUACGGAAGUUGUGAAUGAAGACAUGUGGCACAUUGAAUAUCAUGGCAAGAGUGGCUGCAAAUUUGUCCCAGGCUGCAAUGUGAGCACUAGUUGUAAAUAUAGAAACCCAAUUUUCAAAUGCCUCCUUGUAUCUAUUUAAUUGGAAAAUUCUUAAUUCUCAAAUAUUAUUUCAAAUGUUUUAUUUAACAUGCCAUUUUGUUUAUCUGUACAUGUAAUCUGUUUGAAUUUUCCAUUUUUAUGAUGCUUUAUUCUGUAGUCUGUGGUAUUACAGAAGAGCUAAAAGAUGUGUUGUCUAUUCACUUUUGUGAAUCAUGCAGAUUAAUAUGAUUACAGAGUACAAGAAUUCAACAAUUUAAUCUUUAUGCCUGAACAUACAGUCCAUGGAAUGUCACAUUAACCUUGAUUUAUUGCUUGUGUAUUCUUGAGGUUGAGAUGGGGGGUGGGGGGGUGGUGGGCAGGGGAACACAAAGGAAGGAUAGAUUGAACAUUAAAUUCAUGUUGAACUUUGUUUGCUAUGUCUGAUGUCUUUGUUUGAAAUGUGACUAUUAAGAAAUGUCUAAGUUCUAAAUUAUGUUCAUUCCAAAUUGUACAUAAUACUGCCUGUAAUUGACAUGAAAUAAAUGUGUGUAUUG